AUGACAUGCAUACGACGCCUCGUGCGACCAUCAUCGCUUUUCACUCGACGCUCGUUUCCACCCACUCAAACAGCGUGUCGCCGCUUGACAAGUUCAUCGCACCAUCCGUAUCAACAUGUUCUCUACUUCGGUAAUGUGCUCGGCUACGAGUCUGUACAUGCACUCUCCAAGUUCCCACGUGCAUGGCUCGACAGUGUCGGUGUAUCCAACGACAUCGAUCACGGUAUAAGAUUCACCUCGGCCUCGGCAGCACCGCAUCAUCUUCUACUUUCCUAUACUCUGCUCGAUGCGUCAUUGAAACGUACGCAUCAAUCGGCCGAAGAUGUUGUUCUGCCCGGAGCGUUGCAUGAGGCGCAAGAGGCGAAGCACGGAGACGUGAUCCUGGACCAGUCGAGCCACACAGCCACCACUAGCUUCCCAUCAAAGGUGUUUGCUCUUGGCCGAAACACGCACGCACAGCUUGGGCUCGGAUUCAGCAGCCAGGAAGCGACAAGGGGCAUGGUGACCGGUGAAUUGUACGGCUCAGGUGGCGUGCAUGCCGUCGCCGCCGGUAACGGGUUCAGUUUGGUUGUCACAAACACCGAGCACGGAUCCAACGUGUUUGCAUUUGGAAACGAUACACUUGGCCAACUCGGCUCAGCGUCAUGCUCACCCGAGAUUGCACGUCAAGAUGCGUACGAUAUCUCGGUACGCAUGGGCGCGUCAGAUGCUCCUCAACUCAAGCUGCUCCCGCUGCCAAAGAAGGUGCAAGUGGCCGACGCGGACGGGUGGCAGGUGUUGAGUAUCUCGGCGGGCUUGGAUCAUUCGCUGGUAUUGGUCGAGAGCCAGAUUAACGGGUGGAUCAUACAGAGCGUGCUGAGCACGGGAUCCAACACGGAUGGUCAGCUUGGCUUGACGACGAACGACCAGCAGGAUCAAGUGCCCAUCCAGCCGUUGAUCUCGAGAGCGUUCAGCCAGAUUCCUGUACCACUUCGACCUGUGUCAACCGCCAAGCGUGGCGAUCAAGGCCAAAGCUUGGUCGAGGUGGUGUGUGGCGCCGAUACAUCGUACGCUUUGACGGCAGGUGGCGAUCUAUGGGUCUGGGGCAACUCGGAGUACGGACAAUCGUUCAGCGGCGUACAUGAUCGCAUCGUUGCACCACUUUUCGUCUCGAAUCCGCUCCCCUCCGCUUACCACCAAUCCCAUAUCGAGUUCGAUCGACACCGUCCGCCUAAACCUCGCAAGUUGGUGGCAGGCGGGUCGUUCGCCGCGAUCCUAGACACCCUCGGUCGCGUGUGGGUCGCCGGCUACGGGCCUCGUGGUAAACGUGUCAGCGCCGACCCCGCCGAAUGGGCGUCGUUAUCGUUGGUCGAGUUCGCACCGGACUGUGUGGUGCAAGAUUUGUUCUGCGGCCUCGAGUACCUUGUCGCUUUUACCCACACCAGCGGUGGAGCAGAGGUGUUCAUCUGGGGUGUCCCUCCGCGCUCGAUCUCGUCGGUCCCCAUCAUCGCUCCUACUCGAGUACCUUUCAGCCUCCCAAGAACCCCGCGUGAACAGUGGCUAGACGACAACCCACAACACAAAGCACACCAGAAGUCUAAACUGACCGCGCAAGAAGUGCGGCUCAGCAUCGACGCAGCAGCAUGUACCAGAGACCACCUGCUCUUGGUCAUCAACGACGGCCGACACCAACACGUCUGGGCAGAGUGCGAUCAGCCGCCAAGAGACGAGCGCACCGAUGUCCUCCAGUAA